AUGCCUUCAACAAGCAACCCAGCACAAACCCCUAUCGCCAUCGUGGGACUAGCAUACGCCUACUCGCCAACCACCGACCGCUACAACGCCGACACCUUCUACCACCCGGCGUCCAAAGACCGGCAAAAUGUGCUGCCCACCAAGGGCGGCCACUUCCUCUCGCAGGACCCGUACGCCUUCGACGCCGCCUUCUUCAGCAUCACGGCCGCCGAAGCCGCGGCCAUGGACCCGAAGCAGCGCAUCGCCAUGGAAGUCGUCUACGAAGCAUUGGAAAACGCCGGCAAGCCGCUGCACCGCGUCGCCGGCUCGCAGACGGCGUGCUACAUCGGCUCGUCGAUGAGCGACUACCGCGACGCCGUCGUGCGCGACUUCGGAAACAUGCCCAAGUACCACAUCCUGGGCACGUCCGAGGAGAUGAUCUCGAACCGCGUGUCGCACUUCUUCGACAUACAUGGCCCCAGCGCGACGGUGCAGACGGCGUGCUCGUCGAGUCUCGUCGCGACGCAUCUGGGGUGCCAGAGCUUAAGGUCGGGGGAGUCGGAGAUGGCGAUUGUUGGCGGCGUCGGGAUGAUCCUUAGUCCGGAUGGGAAUUUCCAGCUCGCCAAUUUGGGAUUCUUGAAUCCUGAGGGCCACUCGAGGGCGUUCGAUGAGAAUGCGGGCGGCUAUGCGCGUGGCGAGGGGUGUGGGAUUCUCGUCAUGAAGCGGCUGGAUGACGCGCUGAGAGACGGGGAUUCCAUCCGCGCUGUGAUCCGAGGUUCUGGCGUGAACUCGGAUGGCUGGACACAGGGCGUGACGAUGCCGUCGAGCGAGGCGCAGGCUGAUUUGAUAAAAUACGUGUACGAGUCGAAUGGCUUGGACUACGGGUCAACGCAAUACGUUGAAGCUCACGGUACGGGAACCAAAGUCGGUGAUCCAGCAGAAGUGGGAGCAAUUCACCGAACUAUCGGGCAGGGCGCUACUAAGUCGCGGAAGUUGUGGGUCGGUAGCGUCAAGCCGAACAUUGGUCAUCUUGAGGCGGCUGCCGGUGUGGCUGGCAUCAUCAAGGGUGUGCUAGCCAUGGAGCAUGGCCUGAUUCCACCAAACAUCUAUUUGUCAAAGCCAAACCCCGCCAUUCCUUUUGAUGACUGGAACAUGGCGGUACCUACGAAGCUGACUCCCUGGCCCAUCACCCAAGGCGUGCGGCGCAUGAGCGUCAGUGGCUUCGGAAUGGGGGGUACAAAUGGACAUGUUGUGUUGGAAUCAUUCAAGCCCGGACACAACUACGCCAACGGCUCUCUCACCAACGGCACCACCAACGGUGUCCAUACCAAUGGUGUCAAGACCAAUGGUGCUCUUACCAACGGCGCUCUUACCAACGGCGCUCUUACCAAGCGUAUCGCCUUUCACAGCGGAAAGAGAUUAUUUGUCCUCAGCAGUCAAGAUCAGGCCGGCUUCAAACGUGUAGGCAACGCGCUCGCGGAGCACCUGGACAGCCUCGGCCCGGCUGCAUCCACCCCGGAGUACCUUGCCAACAUUGCGCACACUCUCGCAGCUUCCAGAUCCGGCCUUGCAUGGCGGGCCAGCUUCCUGGCCGAGAGCGCAGCGGAGUUGCGGGAGAAACUAUCAUCAGAGCCGGGAGAGAAUGCUGUCCGUGCAGCAACCGGCCAAGCACGCAUCGGCUUUGUCUUCACCGGACAGGGUGCGCAGUGGGCUCGAAUGGGCGUCGAGCUACUGGAACGCCCCGUUUUCAGGGACUCGGUUGCGAAAUCUGCCGACAUCUUGAAAUCGCUCGGAUGCGACUGGGACCCGGUCACGGAGCUGUCCAGGGGCAAAGACGAGUCGAGACUUGGCAUACCCGCCAUCUCGCAGCCCAUCUGCUCGGUUCUACAAAUCGCGCUUGUGGACGAGUUGAGUGCGUGGGGCGUCGUUCCCUCGAAGGUUGUUGGCCAUUCAAGUGGAGAAAUCGCUGCUGCAUAUACCAUGGGAGCCCUCUCUCACCACGAUGCUAUAGCGGCGGCUUACUUUAGGGGAAACGCAUCGGCGGGUCUGAAGCACCUCAAGGGCGGUAUGAUGGCUGUUGGAGCCUCGCCAGAGGAAGCCAGACAGUUCAUCCUCGAGGCUGCGCUCAAGAGUGGCUCAGUAAGCAUCGCUUGCGUCAACUCUCCCUCAAGCGUCACCCUCUCUGGCGAUGUCGCUGCACUUGAAGAGCUGCGCGCCAUCUUGGAAGAGCGAGGCGUGUUCGCCCGCCGCCUCAAGGUCGACGUGGCCUACCAUUCCUCCCACAUGAACUCCGCCGUAGGCAAGUACUACGCCUCCAUAGCCGACAUCGAGCCCGCCCAGCCGUCCGCCGGGCACCCGGUCAUGGUCUCAAGCGUCACGAACAGCGAGGUCGACGCCGAACUGCUGGGCCCGUCGUACUGGGUCCGCAACCUCAUCUCGCCCGUGCUCUUCGCCGACGCUGUCAAAGAACUCGUCCGCCCCGGCGACGACGGAGAAAACACGGUCGACCUCCUCGUCGAGGUCGGCCCGCACAGCGCUCUGGGCGGGCCAGUCGAGCAGAUCCUCUCGCACCACGGCAUCAAGAACGUCGCCUACAGCUCGGCCCUGACCCGAGGCCAGAAUGCUCUGGACUCUUGCCUCAAGCUCGCCGGUGACCUCUUUCUCCAAGGCGCACAAUUCUCCGUACAGAAUGCCAACGGCGACUCCUCCCAACCCCGCCUCCUCACCGACCUGCCCCCCUACCCAUGGAACCACACCAAGACCUUCCGCGCCGACUCCCGCCUCCACCGCGCCCUCACGACCCAACCCUUCGCCCCACGCAGCCUCCUCGGCUCGCCCCUCCCCCCCAUGGCCGAAAACGAGCACCAAUGGCGCUCCUUCAUCCGCCUCGCCGACGAGCCCUGGCUGCGCGGCCACGCCGUCGGCAGCACGGUACUCUUCCCCGGCGCCGGCAUAGUCAGCGUCGUCCUGGAAGCCGCGCGGCAGCUGGUCGACGCGGGCAAGACGGCGCGCGCGUUCCGGCUGCGCGAUGUGAACCUGUUCGCGGCCAUGGCGCUGCCGGAGGACCAGCCGACCGAGGUCAUUGUCCACAUAAGGCCGCAUUUGAUUGCGACGAGCGGCUCGACGCCGGCGAGCUGGAUGGAGUGGACGGUGUCGUCGUGCGUCGGGACGGAUGCGCAGCUGCGGGACAAUGCGCGCGGGUUGGUGGCGAUUGAUUACGAGGAGCAUCGGAGUGCGCAGAUGGCGGGCGAGGACGCGCUGGCGGAUAAGGCGAGGAUGGCGGAGUACCGCCGCGUGCGGGAAGAGUGCGAGGAGACGUACGAUAAGGGAAGAUUCUACGAGCAGUUUGCCAAGGCGGCGUGGAACUAUGGCGAGCUGUUCCAGGGCGUGGAGCUUUGUCGUCCGGGCCACGGCAAGACGGUGUACGAUGUCAAGCUGGUCGACGUCGGGGAGACGUACAGCAGGGGUCAGCUGGAAAGGCCGUUCCUCAUCAACGCCGCGUCGCUCGAUGCCAUCUUCCAGGGCUCGCUGGGCGCGACGUACAAGGGCAACGGCGUCUUCGAGUACGACAAACCGCAUGUCCCGACUACGAUUGGUGAGAUGGAGAUUUCCGCCGAUAUCCCGGCUGAUGCGGGCUACGUCUUGCCGAGCGUCUGUCGGGGGGAGAGAUACGGCUUCAACGAGUUGUCCUCAGACAUUGCCGUCUUCGAUAAGGAUGUCUCCAAGGUCUUCCUGUCGGUCAAGGACUUCCGAACCUCGGAGCUGGAUAUGGAAGUGGGCCAGGCCGAUGGGGACGGCGUAGAGGUCGAUCCGGCUGACAUCACGUCUGAGGUGAAGUGGAACUAUGCCCUGGGUCUGCUGAAGACGGAAGAGAUCAGCCGGGUGUUGAGCAGAUUCCCGGCUAGUUCAAGGCUCACCGAGCUUAUUCGCCUGGCAAUCCAUGAAAAGCCGGCGGCAACGGCCAUCGAGUUGAUCUCUGAGGAAGCUGAUUAUAGAAACGCAGCUAUAUUGAAGCUGCCCGAAGGCGAAAUUCGUCCAGACCGCAUCCGUUAUGCUGUGGCAAACCCUGGCCAGAAUGAUGGGAAUGCAUUCGGCCAGAUUGUUUCCCUUGGCGAAAACAAUGCUCCAGUGCCCGCUGAUAAGGCUCCCUCCGAUCUGCUGAUCAUUUCGCACGAGCUUUCAGACCCGAGCAAUCUAGAGAAGCUCAUUGACCUGGCAAGACAGCAACUGGCGAAGCCUGACGCCACUAUCGUCGUGACUGCCAGCAAUGAUGCUGCGGCUUCGGCGUUGGUGAGCAAGGGCUUCGAGAUUGUCUCAGACGUCGAGGACGGGAAAUCCAUUGCUCUGUACUCUAGCCGGGAAGCCCAAGCAGGACCACUCACCAAUGGCUCGUCGACUCACGAUGUAGUCAUUAUCCAGCCGUCCACAACCACGUCCGCUGCAGAGAAGUUCGCCUCCGUGCUCCAGGAAACUAUUCAGGACCAAGGGUACGCGGUCUCGACAAGCGUUUGGAACAAUGGUAUCAAUUCCGAGGAUGUCAAGGGCAAAACAUACAUCUCGUUGAUGGAGCUCGAACGGCCACUGCUGGAGGACCUCUCCGAGCCUGAUUUUGAGACUGUCCGAACAGUGGGAUUGAAUUGCGAGAGGCUCCUCUGGAUCACCUGUGGCGACAACCCAGCGUUCGGAAUGGUCGACGGUCUCACGCGAACCAUGAUGAGCGAGAACGCGAGCAUCAAGUUCCAAAUCCUACAUCUCAGCGAGCCGACGGGGCACCAGUACGGUCCCUCCCUCGCAACCCGAGUUCUCACUUCGAACACCGGGGACAAUGAAUUCCAAGAAGUGGGUGGUAUCCUGCAGAUUGCCCGCUUUUUCAAGAGCCUCCAGCAGAACGAGAGCAUCCGCCACCAUCUGGAAGCCUCCGUUCGCAACGAGAAUCUCAACGACAAAGGCGAAGCUCUCCGACUCACAAUCGGCAACCCUGGUCUGUUGGAUACGUUGAGAUUCGUCCCAGACGAACGUAUGACUCCUCCGCUUGAAGACCACGAGGUCGAAGUCGAGGUCAAGGCUGCAGGCAUCAAUUUCAAGGAUGUCAUGGCUUGCAUGGGUCUGAUUCCCGUUGAAGCGCUGGGCCUGGAGGCCAGUGGUGUCGUUGUGAAGAUGGGAAGCAAGGUAACUGACUUCAAGCCCGGGGAUCGCGUCAGCACCGUCCACAUUGGAGCCUAUGCGACCAGAAUCCGAGUGCACCACCAUGGAUUGGCCAAGAUUCCGGACUCCAUGUCCUUCAAAGAUGCAGCAGCGUCUCCUAUCGUGCACACGACGGCGUACUACGCGUUUAUCUGCGCCGCCAAGCUUCGUAAGGGCCAGUCUGUGUUGAUCCACGCAGCGGCGGGAGGUGUGGGUCAAGCGGCAAUACAGCUGGCCAAACACCUUGGGCUUGUCAUAUAUGUCACCGUGGGCACCGAAGACAAGCGCAAACUCAUCAUGGAGGAGUACGGCAUCCCCGAGGAGCACAUAUUCCACUCGCGCGACGCCAGCUUCGUCAAGGGCAUCAAACGCAUCACCGGCGGCCGCGGCGUCGACUGCGUCCUCAACUCCCUCUCCGGCGAGCUCCUUCGAGCAUCCUGGGGCUGCCUCGCCUCCUUCGGCCACUUCAUCGAGAUCGGCCUGCGCGACAUCACCAACAACAUGCGGCUGGACAUGCGGCCCUUCGGCAAGAGCACGUCCUUCACCUUCGUCAACAACCACACGCUCUUCCUCGAAGACCCGGAGACCUUCUACCAAGUCUUCCACGACUGCUUCGCCCUGAUCCAGCAGGGCGUCCUCCGCGCCCCCAGCCCCGUCGUCGUGUACCCGGUCGGCCAGGUCGGCGACGCCUUCCGCACCAUGCAGCAGGGAAAGCACCGCGGCAAGCUCGUGCUGUCUUUCGCCGGGGAUGAUGACGGUAAGGUCGAAGCCCCGGUCCUCCGCAAGGCUGAGGACUCGCUCAAGCUUGAUCCCGAUGCUACGUACCUCUUCAUCGGCGGCCUGGGCGGCUUGGGCCGCAGCCUCGCGAAGGCGUUCGUUGCGUCGGGCGCGCGCAACAUCGCCUUCCUCUCGCGCUCCGGCGACGCCACGCCACAGGCCGCAGCCGUCGUGGCCGAGCUCUCCUCCAAUAGCGGCGUCCGCGUGAAAGCCUACCGCGGCGACGUAUCCGACUCGGCCUCCUUCCUCGCCGCCAUGACGCAGUGCUCCCGCGACCUGCCCCCCAUCAAGGGCGUGAUCCAGAUGGCCAUGGUCCUGCGCGACGUCGUCUUCGAGAAGAUGUCGUACUCUGACUGGACCACCGCUCUCCGCCCGAAGGUCCAAGGAACCUGGAACCUGCACACCUACUUCUCCGACCGCGCCCUCGACUUCAUGAUCCUCUGCUCCUCCAUCUCCGGCAUCCACGGCAACCCGGGCCAAGCUCAAUACGCCGCCGGCAACACGUACCAAGACGCGUUGGCGCACUCCCGCCGCACCCAGGGGCUCCCGGCGGUAGCAGUCAACCUCGGCAUCAUGCGCGACGUCGGCGUCCUCGCCGAAACCGGCACGACGGGCAACUUCGCCCUGUGGGAGCGCGCGCUCGGCAUACGCGAGCCAGCCUUCCACGCGCUGAUGAAGAGCCUGAUCAACCAAGCCCUCCGUGGCAGCGACGGCCGUUGUCCGGCACAGGUGACCACCGGGCUCGGCACGGCCGACAUCAUGGCGGCGCACGGCCUGGCGCGGCCGGAGUACUUUGCCGAUCCGCGGUUCGGGCCGCUGGCUGUUGCGAGCGUCGCUUCGGCGGGCGCGGCGGCGGACGGGCAGCAGGGUGGGGAGUCCGUGGCGGCGAGGCUGGGGAAGGUGAAGGGGAACAAGGACGAGGCGGCGGGGAUCAUUACGGAGGCGUUGGUGCAGAAGACGGCGGAUAUUCUGCAGAUGCCGGCGUCGGAGGUUAAUCCGGGACGGCCGUUGUAUCGGUACGGUGUGGAUUCGCUGGUCGCGCUCGAGGUGCGGAAUUGGAUUUCGAGGGAGUUGAAGGCGAAUAUGGCGUUGUUGGAGAUUUUGGCGGCGGUGCCGAUUGAGAGUUUGGCCGGGAAGAUUGCGGAGAAGAGUAAGUUGGUGACGGGGGUGUAG